AGUCAACUCCAAUGAGAUCACCAACGAAGAAGAAGCUCUGGCGGUUGCUGACUGCUGCUGCAGCAAAGCCGUGGUUAUAUUUCUACUAAACCGUCACUUUAUUUAUCGUUAGAGAAGGUGAGCAUUCAGUGCACUUAACUUAUUAAACGGGUGAGCUUAGUAAUACCGAAAAACACGGAAUGACAAACCGACCUGAAUCCCGGGGACAUCGUUAGCUUGAAGUGGGCGGUCGGGGCCACGGUUAGCUUAGCAGAUCUACUGUGUUCGCUUGUGUUUAUAGUAUCCCGAGUAGCAUUUUGGUGAUAAACCCAUCUGCGUGGGUACUGGAUUAUUAUUUUAGAUUGUGUUUGUUUUAUUAUUUAUCGAAAUAACUCGGUAAUACUCUGAGGAAAUGCUGCUCGAGUCUCUCAUCCUGAGUAACCGACGUUACCUGUGGUGCAAACUAACACAUGAUUGACAGGACAGUUUAUCAACAAGGUUUUACUUCUGUCUUUUUAAAACUUCCAGGGUCUUUCCCGAGGGUAGUGAGAACAUGGCGGCCGCUGCAGCAUCCUUGUGGGACGAGCAUCAGGCGUAUGAGGAGCUGCUGUACUGGGACAGUCUGAUCCAACAGGGUCACCGGCUGCUACCGCACGACUUCGACAGGUACACGAAUAACGACGACUUAAAGGGAUAUCCUAAAACUUAAAGGGAUAUUCCGACUUUAGGAACGACCGCACAAUAGCAAUACUCAACAGUCUGAGGAGCCAUAAACAAACCUCAACCAAAACACCACUCAAUAGCCACAAAUAAUGCUCAGAACAGCACUAACUUCAUCAACAGUACAUUUAGGGUCCUAGCCAUAGUACUAGCCACCAAACAUCUUUUUAGCUUUGCCUGAUUUCUUUUGCAAAGAGACUAAACAACUCACCUACUCUCUUCCAGCAGCCACUUGUUUGUAGUGAGACCUCAGGCCAGUCCAUUACAGACUGCUGCGGAGUUUUGCAGCUCAAGGAAGAACAUUUAUGAUCACUUCUUAAGGGAAAUGCAAUCAGACCGAGAUGCUAGGGCAGAAGAACUACCGCGUCUGCAGUGCAAAAUGAUUAAUAUGGUGAUUAUUGCUUUAAGGAAAUGAUAAAGAAAUUAUCAUAAAUGUUCUUCCUUGAGCUGCGUCCCCCCGCUGUAGUCCGUAAUGGACUGGCCUGAGGUCUCGCUACAAACUGGGAAGAGAGUAGGUGAGUUGUGUUUAGUCUCUUUGCUAAAGAAAUCAGGCAAAGUUAAAAAGAUGUUUGGUGGCUAGUACUAUAGCUGGGACCCUAAAUGUCCCAGCCACAGUACCAGCCAUAAAGUUAGGUGCUGUUCUGAGCAUUAUUUGUGGCUAUAGAGUGGGGUUUUGGUUGAGGUUUGUGUGUGGUAAUGUAGACCGCUGUGUAUUGCUAUUGUGCGGUCGUGACUAAAGUUGGUAUAACUAGAGAAGCAACAUUCAUCUCUCGAAGGGGUGUCUAACUCGGUGUUAUGGUGUGUUUGACCCUGAAUUAGUUUUACGCCGGAAUAUCCCUUUAAGAUAGAUAUGGCUGUAGAGCUGUACAUAUCCCAGUAUUUUAUGAACCUGCGUUAAAUAAUUGUAAUAACAAAAUCACAGUUGUCCUCAAACAUUACCUAAAAACACAGAGACAUGAAUAGAUCAAACAGAACCUGAGAUUAUUUUUUUUACUAACUAAGGAACCGGUAAGUCCACAUUAGGCUGAUGACUUUUAUACAGAUAAUAUUAAUACCUGUAUUUUAGCUGUUUUUGACAGAUAGGUCUAAGCUUGUAUUUGCCUUUCAUUCUCUCCCUCCAGAUAUGAGGAUCUGCGUUACUGGUAUGACUGCCUGUGCUAUGAGGAGGAACUGAGACAAUAUCAUGAUUACAUUACAGCUAUUGAGGAGAUUGAAGAUUCACGGCUUCACCAGGUUCUUCUUUUCCCAAUCUUUAACAAUUCAUUGUUUUACCAUUUAGACCUUCAGGUCAUGUUAUACAGGUCUUCAAGUCUCGUCAUGUUUUCCAUCCUGCACCACUAAAAGACAACUUGAUUUAACAAAUCUAUGAAGGAAAAUUUUUGGUUUUCCAAUGUUAUUUUGAAGCACACAUUUCUGAAUCAUUUCAACUAAAACGAUACUUCCUUUUUCCUCUCAUAUGUUGCUGAGUUUCCUAGUUUCCUCCAAGCAAGCAGGAGUGACUUUAAAAACAAAAGUUAGCAACUUUAGAGGGUUUUUAAUUAAUACUAUGUGGGUCAGUCGUUUUAUAAAAAAGUACCUGUAGCGUUACAGUAUAGGACGAAGAUGUCUUUGCCUCUCGACUUGGUUUUCUGUCCUGAAACCGUCUUUGUUGAUUCCCCAAUUCAGGAAACUGUUGCACCCAAAGUGCACAUUGGGCCCUAUGAUCGCCAUGUAAUGGCCAAACACUCUGAAGUGUAUCCCUCCCCAGAGGAGCUGGAGGCAGUGCAGACAAUCAUUUCCCAUGUGGAGUGUGCACUAAAGACGGUGUCUGACCAGAUCGAUUCAGGGAGGUAAGCAGAGCAUCGAAAUGGUUCAGUUCAGACGUAGUUAUGAUUAGUGCGCCCAACCCCAACCAAAACAGUCAGGACACUACAUAAGGUUCAUUAAGGUUGAUGGUUUGCUUAUCAUUAAAAGGCUAUUUUGGUGAAAUUUAAUUGGUGCAAAGACAAGUUAUUUAUUUUUUUUUUAUCAAUCAUAACUCUUUUGUUUCAAAAUUCAAUGUCUUUUUCUGCAAGCAGAGCAGUUCAAUACCAUGACUCUAUUGUUAGUGGGCCAUGCUGUUGUAAUAUGUGCAUAAUAGGGCUGGGCGGUACGGCCUCAAAUCAGUAUCAUGAUAUAUUGAUCAGUUCACCUCGAUAACGAUAAAUGGACGAUAACUGCGCCACAAGCUGCUCACCUCCUCCUGCAUUAACUUUGUCUACUUCAGCCGCUACAACCUUUGAACCGUCCUCCAUCUCCUCACCUGUCUUUCCCUCUUUGUUAUGGACUGGAUUGGGUGGAGUCACGUCUCUGAUGUAGGACAGCGUUUUAAAGGGACAUGAGACCAUAGCCUACCUACACACAUCCAAAACCAACUUUUAUUUAUUUAUUUUUCUGACAUUGAUAUGGGCAAAAUGACGUUGGUUUUUGUCGUAAAUUUCAGUAUUGGUAAAUUUUCGGUUUAUCGCCCAGCCCUAGUGCAUAAUGUCACAAACAUACCACUUCCCCUUAUACUGAUAUGUUGCCUUCACUGUUUCGUGUUUAAAUGUUUUACAAACCUUUAAAAUCUGUUCUUAUAACUAUUUCUGUGUCACAGCCCCUUUAAGAAUUGGGUUUGCACUUUAAUUGAUAAUAUUUCUGUCUAACUAAACUGUUUGUUUUAUGAUUGUUUUUUUAUUCUACUCACAGUGAAAGCGAUAAGACACAAGAGCGUGUCCUGCGUGGGGUCAUGCGGGUUGGUCCUGUGGCCAAUGGACUUUUGCUGAAAGGAGACAAUGACUUGGAGCUGGUGCUGCUUUGUUCAGACAGGCCCACGAUAACUCUGCUUAAAGAAGUGGCUGAAAAGUUAUCGGCACAGUUGGAGGUAGACCUGACUUUUUUUUUUAAUCUCCUCAGAUGGAAAAAAAUAGAUUUUCAUUUGAUUUGCACGCAGUUACUCUGACUUACUCAAAUGUUUUUCCUUUUUGAUAACAGAUGUUAUCAACAGAGACAUACACAGUGAACCAGUGUCCUGAAGAUGCAGCCAUUGUUGUGACAAGCAACAAGGAGUCAGUCCUGAAUCUCACUAUCCACUUGACUUCACCCCUUGUCAGGUCGGAGAAAGAGAUCACACCUGCAGAAAACGAAGAAGGUACGUCUCACCUUUAGUGAGACAUGAGUGACCACAGGCCUGAUCUGUGUGUUCUCAGAACGCAGUCACUGUACUACUCCACUGACGUGAAAAAGUAUUAGAUCCAAACCGCUGCUCAUCUUCCUCUCACCAACCUCAGUGGAGCUUGUACAGUUGCUGUCUCAGACUGAUGCCAGUGAACAACCAAUGAAUGUUGGGUCUUCACUCGCUCAAGUGUCCUGUCGUCGUCUUGUGACAAAGUGGCGUUUGCCAGAGAAGCAUUUCUUCUUUAAUCGAUGGAACACUCUGCACAUAUUGUCUACAGUGCCAAGCAUUCAAACAACUUUGUUUAUUCUUGUUAAACUGUUUUCAUGUUUCAAGUGAAGGCUUUUCAAGAAUAACAAGUAAGAGCGCGCAUUGCAUGUACUUGAUGCUGAACAUGUCAGUUUGGCACCAGCUGCAGCAAAACUGAUCAGUAAUUCUGUCAUUUAGAAGGUCAACUAAAAUUCAACAGUAAAGUUUAAAAGAAGGCGUAACUUUAUUAUCAUUUAUAAACUAAUCUGUGGCUAAAAUUAGUGAUAAAGUGAGCUUCUGUGUGGAUCGAGCUGUGAUUAUCUGACUCUGAAGUCAUUAGGAGUUUUUUAAAAAUCCCACAUUCAGAACCAUACCGGCCUCAGUGCAGUUUUAGUUUGUUCCUGCACUGCACUCUGGGGCUGUAGAGUCACAAUCAAAAACAAAUGAUAAACUACUCUGAUAACUCGUGACUCUUAGUUUCCUUUUGACCAACCCAGCUCUUGUUAUGAGUAUCUGAUAUGUAUUUAGUUAGUGUCAAAGUAACUUACAAUACUGGACUAGCCCUAGGUAACUAACUUUAAGGGGAUCGGGAUCAUCGUAGUGCUGGAUGAUUAAUCGAAUUUUAACCAUGAUUUCGAUUUUGGCUUUUUACGAUCAUAAAAACAUUAUAAUUGAAAGAGAUUAUUAAUGUGUAUUUAAGUUCCUGUGCUGGAAAAACACCUUAAAUGCACCCCUGUUACUUGCAGCUGCAGCAAUUGUGUGACGUGUCUGGAUCAAUAAUAUGAGGUAGCGAUCAAAAACAUUGUCAGAAGGGCCACUUUUGGUUCAGAAGUAAGGUGGGACAACUUAAGCUUUUUGGCUUUGAGUUGACGGACAUCAAGCAAAAUGAAAUUGUUCGCAAAGUUUGUAACACUCCCCAAGGCAACAUGACCAACUUUAGGGUUUUCCCUAUGUGAUCGUGGCGCACCACCACAGCUAAAUAAAAGCUGCCACACCCAAAAUAGGAGAUUUUUUAAAUUUUUUUAUUUAUUUACGUGACUCUAUCUCGGACUCAUAUGUAUCAUAUGUGCACGGACAUUGGCGCUGCACCGCACACAGUGUAUUAGCAUUAGCAAGUUAUCCUCAGCAGUUACACAACUUAUUCAAUCACUUAAUUUUCAGCCAUAAAGUGGUCUGAUAAGGGGGCAAAAAAGUGCAAGCAUGUCAGCCACCGCAGGCUGUUCUUUUAAGUUGUAUUCAAAGUUAAAUGUUGGGUUGCAUACUCCAGGCUAAACACUCAAGUUUUGAAUGAAUAAUCGUCUUCAUUAAUCAUGAUUUCAAUAUCAGUCAAAAUAAUCGUGAUUAUUAUUUUUGCCAUAAUCGUCCAGCCCUAGCUCAUCGUAAUGAUACGGUGAGGUUAUUGGUUUUCAUGUAUCUUAUUACAGAGGCUGGUAUGUUCAGUUCAAAGAAACUUUUAAUAACAUGUAAAUAUUUUGAAAUACGACUCCACCUUUUUAACUAUAAUAUAUAAUCAUUUCAGCAUUUUCUGCACUAAUAGUACUUUUAAACUGCAGGAGAUCCAACAUCAAAUAAUCUGGGGAUAGUUCAGCCGAGUUCUGUAGAUAUAGUGUUGAAAACAAAUUAAAAUCUGCACAAAGCUGGUAUGGCUUACAUUGUUUUUCUGAUAUUUCAUAAAGGCUCCUCAGGCCGCUCUUGGUUCAGGGACUCCAUCAGUUUUGCUGCAGCAUGGAGCACACGUGAAGAUACUCUAAAUGCUUGUGAUUUACAACUGAUUGCCUCUUAGUUUGUCAAGUUUUGUAGGAACGCUGGACCUUUGACCAACUGGACACGCUGUCUCAGGAGGAGGGGGAAGCAGUGAACUUAACCAAAGCCGAGCGGCUCGGGCUAGGGGCUUUUAAACGUAAAUGUAGAUCCCCCAGUAUCUAUCAACAUGCUGUGCGAUGUUGUGGGUACCAUUCUGCCACCUGUGACAGGCGACUAUAAUUCUUGUUGGGACUUGAGAUUUAUCCGUAAAAUUUUUGGGAUCCCCUUUCCCUGCCCAUGGCGUUUUGGGAAAAGCUGCUUCUCCCUGAGCUGCAAGACAGAGCCCAACCCCCUUGGUCAAACUGUACCUUUUCUUCUUACUCCACCUCGUCAAUAGAAAUGCGAACAGACAACGAUCCGCCGGACGUUCUGGACAGGCAGAAAUGCCUAACUGCCUUGGCGUCUCUCCGCCACGCCAAGUGGUUCCAGGUUUGCAUUCACGUCCUUUCAGCUCCAUUAGGUUGACAUUUUUCAGUGAUAUGUCAUUUUCUUACUUCCUCUCCUGAUCUACACGUAACAGUACUUUAAGAAGUAGUCCUUAACAUUAAUCUGUUUUUAAUCUUGAAGUGUGGUCUGCUGAUCCAAACCAGGGCCAGACUUGAAUAAGUCACUGGUACUGAGACCAGCAUGUCACUUGAUUUGUUUAAUGUCUUUUUUUUUGUGUGUGUAUUUUUCAGAAAACUCUAGUCUUUUUCGUAAGAAGGUAUUUAGAGCUGUUGUAGUUCUCGUCCAUGUAUUAUUGUCUUCUUACUGAACUGGUCUCCGUUUGUGUCUCCAGGCUAAAGUAAACAACCUGACUUCUGCUGUCGUCGUGAUCCGGAUCAUGAGAGACUUGUGUAACCGUGUUCCCACCUGGACGCCGCUCUCAGGAUGGGUGAGGAAACUGUUGCCACACGCACGUGUUACAGCAUCGGCGUAACCCAGGCAAAACUGUGAAAGCAUCUCAUGUUUUGGUCUUUUUGUAUGUGUCGUUUGUCCGUUUCCACGCAGGCUCUUGAGCUGCUGGUAGAGAAGGCGAUCGGCACGUCUGAGAGACCGAUGGGUGCAGGAGAGUCCCUGCGUCGGGUUUUCGAGUGCAUUGCAUCAGGAAUCCUUUUGAAGGGUUAGGAUCCUUUUUGAGUCGAUCAUGAAGUAACAAAUGCUGGUUCUACUUUAAAUGCAUGGAUAUUAACACGCUAUUUUCACUACACUGCAAAGAUGGCCCUGGAAUUAAAGACCCGUGUGAGAAAGAAGCCGUUGAUGCCACCGAAUAUCUGACCGCGCAGCAGUGUGAGGACCUCACCCAGAGCGCUCAGGUGAGAUCAGGCUUUAAAAGCUCUUUUGUAUUUUCAGGGCUCAACAGUGCGACCGUUUCACUCUCAUUUGCAACUAAAAAUAGGUGUGUGCGAAUUGUAAAAUAUAUUUAGGGGCACAUGUAAUUUUCAUAUGAAUACCGCGGUGAAGUUUAAGUUUGGUUAUUCGACGGGCAUUCACUGCGGAUCUACUGGUGUCUUCUCACUCUCCAUAACCGGCAAUAGCAACAGCAGCGCGGUUAAAUCUACUCGGCACCCUCAAUGUCAUUGUCAGGUGUUGAAUAAGGGACCGUCAAUAAAUUACCGGUUGUUCUUUAAAAGGCUGUUUUCCUUUAAUAGCUUCCAUGUCAUGUGACUAAUUAACUUAAAAUUGAUUUCAAAUAUAGUACUUAUGUCGACCAAUAAGACACAUCUCUUUAUUUCCCUAAUUUGUCCUCUAAAAAAAUUUUUUGGUUAAAUUUAAAGUCAAAUUUUGCACAUUUUCUUCAAUAGCUUCCAUGUCAUGUGACCAAAAGACCUAAAAUUGAUUUCAAAUAGUAGUACUAAGUUUGGACAAUAAGACAAACAUUAUUUGAUCAAUUUUCAUUGUGCCCCUAAAGUUCUUUGUGUGCUCCUUACUUUCUCAACAUGUGGAAAAAGUUAGUGUCAAGCCCUGAUUUCUGAAAAGUAUCUAAUGUGAGUGUUAUCUUUAGUUUGCCUUGAGGCUGUGUGCGUUUGGACAAAUGAACAAGGUGUUGGGGAUGGAUUACAAACCUGUAAAGCCACGCAGAUCAUCAAGCUUCGCCAACAAAGAUCUCACAGGUACCCCAAAGAUCUCUGUAUUUUUUUUUUGUUGUUGUUGUGUAGUUCAUUAUGUGCAGAUCUAAUAUUCAUGAUGUUUCUGUUUUACUCAGCUCAGUUACCACCUGCCGGACAGCUCAGCCUCCAACCGAAGAGACCUUACUCAGAGGUGGAGCAAGGACAGGAUGAGCCUCCCCUUAAUAGCAAACAGAGGAAGUUCCUGAAGUUCCAGAAACGCUUUCAAAGAAAAUCAUGUAAGUAAUUAAUGUGAGAGAUCUAAAUCUGGAUCUGUACCUAUAAGACUUCUGUAAAACAAAACUAAAAAAGAAGAUUUGAGGAUAAGAAGAAACUGUGAAAUGUUACUGCGGUUUGGUUGAUAUUCAUACUCGUUUCUAUGUUUUCUGAAUCCUUUCCUUCACAGUCACAGAUGAUUUUAACAUGAACGCUGUGAUGCGUCUGAACCAGUACAGACCAGGCCUGGAGUACCAGCUGACAUCUCAAACCGGUCCAGUCCACGAGCCAGUCUUCACAAUGACAGUAGACCUAAAUGGAAAGACCUAUGAGUCAUCAGGACCGUCCAAGCGAGCUGCUAAGCUUAAUUUAGCCACCAAGGCAAUGCUCUUUAAAUCUCUCACAGAGUCUUUGAUACGUUUUAUAAAAGUCAUCUGCACAGGGACCAGUCUGAUCAGUGUGGUAUUUAUCAUUCACAGGUCCUGCAGGAUCUUGGUCUUCCAACUGGGGCUGAAUCUAAAUCUGAGACCAGCAGCAACACUGACACCGCCUUGGAGACAGUCAAAGCUCCCUCCACGGCCUCUACUACAUCAGAAGAUGUGAGUACUUUGGAUCUUUUCCUGGAGUGAGGAUUCUCAAUAUCCAUGUAGAAGAAAGUCUGGCAUGUUAUUGGGUAAAGGGUUUAUAAACAUGAAUUUUUUGUUGUCCUGUUUCCCGUGAGCAGGGUGGACAGGGUCCCAUUCUGACCAAAAACGGUAAAAACCCCGUGAUGGAGCUGAAUGAGAAGCGCCGCAGCCUGAAGUAUGAGCUGUCUGCAGAGACCGGAGGAUCUCAUGAGAAGUGUUUUGUCAUGGAGGUCCGUCUGCAGUAUCAGCUACAAGAAUACAGGAAGCAAAACUGGAAGGAUGAUAUUAAAGUAUACACUCAGCAGCUCUGGCGUGUGUCGGUUUGACUUUUGUCCCAUUUGUCUGUCGGUCAGGUGGAGGUCGACGGGCAGAAGUUCAAAGGGAGAGGCUCCAAUAAGAAGGAAGCAAAGGCCUUUGCUGCACUUGCUGCUUUGGAGAAACUGUUUCCAGAGGAAGACAGAGACUUAAACGCCAACAGAAACCUUCAAAAGAAGAAGAUCACCUACACUGACAUGGUAGCUCUUUGAGUUUAGGAUCGAAAUAUGAAGAACUUAGUUUGUACUGAAAAUGAAGAAAAACUAUAUGUUAUUAGUUUGUGUGCAUGUUCUGUUAAAAUGACCUCUGGUAUGCUGUGGAUAAUUUGUCAGACUCGUCGGAUUUAUAUUUGCCAUUUUCUGUUUAACAGCACAUCCCAGGGUUUGGCACUAUCCGCGGUAUCCCGUCAGACUCAGGAUCUCGCGGAUGGGGUCCCAACAGAGGCAGAGGGAGGGGCCGAGGCAAACCAUAUCCUCCAGGACCCAGUUAUAACAAGAGUAAGGAAUUUCACGAGCUCGCAACGUGUUGACUAGUUUUGUACUCGAGAAUCACUUCAUACAUUUUUGCAGAAUUUAAAAAAUGUAAUAAUAAUAAUAAUAAUAAUACCUUUUUCUUUUUUUAUUUUUAAAGCCAACUACAGUUACGAGAGCAGCACUGGCACAGGAUAUCGUAAGUUCACUCUCUUAUGAUGAUGAUAAUAACAACCCUAGAUAGUAGCAGUGUUGUUUGUGUGUGAAUGCAUAUAACUGCUGGACAACUCAAUUCAGAUCAUCAGUAGAAAGAUGCUGUUUUCCCUGGCUAGUUUAGUCUUUUCCUAAAGGGAUAUUCCAGUGUAAAAUUAAGUUUUACAAAUAAUGCUCAGAAUCAGUGUUGUUUUCGUUGACGAAAAUAUUUUGUCAAAGCCCCCUUUUUUUCCAUGACAAAGACGUGACGUUGACGAGCUAAACAUAAGUCCUAGAUGACUAAAAUGUGACGAGACGAAUGUGCGUUUACGUUGACGAGACUUGACGAAAAUGUUAGUGGUGGACGAUGAACAGAGUUGCAAAAUUCAUCUGUCAAACGCUAAACAUAUUCUGCAGUGUUGUUUUCGUUGACGAAACAAAAAUACUGCUCAGAACAGCACCUAACUUCAUCAACAGGACAUACAGGGUCCCAGCCAAUCAAACAUCUUUUAGCUUUGCCUGAUUUCUUAAGCAGAAAGACCAAACACAGCUCAACCACUCUCCUCCAGCAGCCGCUUGUUUGUGGGGAAGCCCUGACGAGUCGAUCACCGAGUGCAGCGUAUCAUUUCCAUGAAGUAAUAAUCAUCAUGAUAAUAAUUUUGCUGAUUGCAUUUCCAUGAGGUAAUGACCAUCAAUGUUCUUCCUUGAGCUGCGAAACUCCGCUGCACUCGGUGAUUGACUCGUCAGGGCUCCCCGACAAAUAAGCGUCUCCCCCCCACAAACAACUUAUUUUUGUGUCGUAAAGACAACGUUGAUAAUGGUCUUGUCUUUUCCAUCCCUCAGAUAAACUGUACGGCGGUAAUGCUGCCGGCCCAGCAGCUAAAAGCUCCCCUGGAUCAGGCUACGGCACCUUCUACCCUGAGGGUGGGAACUAUUCCUCCACAGCUGACACCAGCUCAGACUCAAACACAACCAAGGCACAAAGCUACCAAUCAAUGCCUCCCCCUGCUGACCAGCAGAGCCCCUACAGCUACGGGUACGGCGAUGAGAAAAAGAAGAUGCUGACCCAAGGUCCGAGUGAAAGCCAAGACGUAGACUACUCCAUGUACAGCACAGCUUACCCCAGCUCUGUGACCGGAGGCCAGGUGUACAACAACUACGGUGAGUAAGACCAUAAAGAGAAGGGCUAAUGUUUUUAUCUGAAAACAAAUAACGCACAUUCUGCUCUUCCUAAAUCCUGUUCCUCAGAUUAACUUUGUGGUUUUCUGUCCACCUUCACAGGCUGGGAGAACCAGUCCUGGGGGGGUCAGCAGGGGCAAAGCACAUACCAGGGCUUUGGUGGGCAGAACCAGGACUCUUACUCUGGAUACAGCAACAUGAAUUAUUAAUCCGCUUUUCUCAUCUGACUGUUCCAUCCUCGGACAUCGACUGUUCAGCCUUGAUUGUGAUCUGGUAUACUUAAAGAAUGGAAAAGAAAAAGGGUCUGUUUCUCUGUUUAAACAAAGAUUUUGCUGGUUUUGCAUUUCGAUUCAGUGACUUAAAGAAAUGAGGGCGACAGAUUCAGGCUUUUCUCUGUGGUUUAAAUCCGCCUGUUUUCUUUGGACUCCAGUAUCCAUUGAACUGUUCAUAUUAACAUGAGUGUCAAAAGAGAGCAGUUUUAUCAUCGUGUCUUGUUCCUGACGUGGUUUCUUUUCAUCUAGUAUUGGUUCUGUAAGUGAAUAUUGUUAUUUUGUUUUGUGUUGUAUAAAAAGCUCUGAUCCUUUCUGUAAAAUAAAAUUAUCUUUGGAGCAGAUUACAGACCGGUUUGUCGGCUAAGUCAAAUCUGAGUCACAAAGACAGAAACUUA